AAGGGGGAGAGAUGGUGCUGUGGGAGGUGUUGAGCUGGAACUGCCUGGAUGUUGGGAGUCAGUGUCAGUAUGGAUCAGCCCAGCGCCGCGUACAGGAGUAAGGCAGGAGUGGAGCCGCUGCCUUAUUCUGAUGGGAAGGCUCCACCAGCAGCCCAGGGACACAGGGCUGACCCCCCAGUGAAAACUUCCCGGCGCGGGCCAGAGGAGGACAGCAGGGCGAGGAGACGUUCCAGGCCGGUGCGGUCCAAAGCCCGGAGGAUUGCGGCCAAUGUGCGGGAGAGGAAGCGCAUCCUGGACUACAACCAGGCUUUCAACGCUCUGCGCCUGAGCCUGCGUCAUGACCUAAACGGCAAGCGCCUGUCCAAGAUCGCCACCCUCAGGAGAGCCAUCCACAAGAUCUCCAGCCUUUCCCUCUUCCUGCUGUCCUCCCCAGCCCAGCGCUGGCCGUGUGACCACAGCGAGUGCCGGCGGCUGCCCCGCUUCGCCGCAGAGACUCCUCACGCUGGAGGCGAGCCCCGCCAGCUCCACUCCUCGUCUCCGCCUCACUACCCCCCAGGAGCGCCGGCGAGCCCCUUCUACUUCCAGCAGCCUCCGAGUGACGGGCCCAGGGAGCAGGGCACCGUGCCCAGCCCGCAGUGUUACUCAGCUACCGGCAGCUACCAAUUUGGAGUGAAGGCAACUUGCCACCAAAAUCACCUGGAAGCUCUUGUAGACUCCUCUCCGGCCCCACUGACUUGGCAAUUCAAUUAUUUCCCAGGAACAAGUUACCAGCAGACACUCCCAAUGCACUGAGCAGAUGCUGAUGUGGCUGUCUGUGUGCUUUUGAUUUUUUUAAAAAAGGUAUUUUUUUAAUUCGCUUGUAAUCUCGGUGUUGAGAUGUACGCCUAUAUUCAGGGAUUGUUGGCACAGGUUCUCUUUCUCUCAACCCCCACAUUCUCAGGGAAAAUGGUCACAGGUAAUAUCUCCCAGUGGUAAUACUUAAGCAAGUAUUGAACCCUUCUUCCCCAGCGGUUAGUGAAAGUCGUGCAAUCUGAAUUCCUGAUUGGUGGUGUGUCCCAUCUGCAUCGCCAUUGAGCCAGUGCACACCUUGCUCCACAGCCUGACAAAUGCUUCACUUCAUGUCAGCAUCGUCCAGCCAAUCCAGUGAACACCCUACGUGUGUAAUUCCUUACCACUUCAAUCAAUAGAGUGCUGUCAAAAACGCAGCUCUUCUAAUACCAACUUAGUACCAUGAUCUGACAACGUCCAUUUGGCAGUAUAGAAACUGGGGCAGCAGGACCAUUCAGCCCUUCGACCCUGCUGUACCAUUCACCACAAUCAUGGCUGAUCAUCCAACGGAAUUUCCUGUUUCCGUUUUCCCCCACAUCCUUGAUCCCAUCAGUCCCAAGUGCUAUAUCCAAUUCCUUGAAAUCCUCAAAACUGAAAGAACCGUGGAUGCUGUAAAUCAGGAACAAAAACAACAUUGCUGGAAAAGCUCAGCAGCUCUGGCAGCAUCUGUAGAGGAGAAAACAGUUAACGUUUUGGGUCCGGCAAAUCGUCCUCAGAACUGUUCUGAGGAAGGGUCACCGGACCUGAAAUGUUCACUCUGUUUUUUCCUUCACAGAUGCUGCCAGACCUGCUGAGCUUUUCUAGCAACUUUGUUCUUGUUCCUUGAAAUCAUAAAUGUUUUGACCUGCUUUCUGUGGUAGGGAAUUCCAAAGGCUCUUACUCGUGGUCUCAGUCCUAAAUGGUUUUACCCUGUAUCCUUAGACUGUGAUCCCUGGUUCUGGGCUCCACCCCACCCACCCUAUCCUCCUCUGAAACUUCCUAAAGGAUAACCACUUUAACAGGUAAAGGGAUAUUACAAAACAAAUCAAAACUUCACCAAAAACUUUUCAAAGUAAAUUAAAAUGUUGUUGGGGGAGGGUUGGUGGAGGGAGAUGAUAGAUUCCAGUGCCAUGCUGUGCCCACUGGUCACUAUAGAUUAUCAAGAACAUCAGCAGACAGUGCAUAUUUCUGUUCCACUGAAGCAGGUCUCAUAUGUAACCCAGCUCUAUACAAACAACAAUAACCAAUGUUGAUGUAGCCCCUUUUAGGAAGGCAGUUGGUGAGAGUGCAUAUCUCUGAAGUUUACUAUGUGUUAUGAGUGAAAUUGAAAGCAGUUUUCAAAUGGUAGUCUUAUUGCAAGCUGAAAUCUGUAUAAGUACUUUGGAUUUAAAUGAUGUGCCAUAUCAUAGUUACAAUAUUUGAAGUACGUUUACAUAGUAUUUAACAUGUCUAUGUUCUU